UGCUCCGCUUACAUCACGAGGAACUCAUUUUUACGUCACUUGUGCGCGCGAAUCGCUCAAAUCGCAUUUGUAUUGUCGAAAACGCAAUCAAAUUGUUGGAGCCGCCUUCAGGUCGCUGAAAGCAUAUUCAAAUUUCGGCAUAGGAUCCCGCCAAUGGGACCAGCUGUUCCGCGAGGUGUACAGUGUUUUUCGUCAUCUUCUUUUGACAGCAAAAAUCAAUCAUCUUUUGAUAUUUCUCAGAAAUAGAGGAGGUUGAAGAAGAAUUUCCUCCGUCUUAAGUCGCGAGAUUGAAAUUACCAACUCCUCUUAUUUUCGCGUUAAUUAAUUUUGCUGCGCUUGAGCUCUUCUUGGGCUUAUCGUUAGUGUCUAGGGAAACGUGGAUGUGUUAAUAAUUAAUGUCACCUGACUGUUACACGUCGAAUGUAUUCUGUGAAAUUCAACUGAAAGAGAGUGCACCUGACAAGAAAGUGCGCGUAUUUUAUUUGGAGAAGAUUCUUAUUUCUUGAUGGAAGAUCUGUUAUUUAUGAGGAAUUUAGUUUCUUUUAAGAGAGCUUGAGUUGCGAGGUCAAGGAUUCGUCAUUUGAGAAAAAGGAUUAUAUGGAAUUGGAGAAAAGUGAUCGUAUAAAUGAAUGCAAGAGGCUUGGAAUCAACCUUUCGGAUAACGAGCAUAUAAGACGAUACACGUGUUCUUCGAUCGGGAUCGAUAACGGGAUUGUGGAUAUCGUACGUAAUUGCCGAGUAAUGCAGGGUCUGAAGUGAGCGUGUCCUGUAACACUAAACUCCUGGACAUCUUGAGCGAUGAACGGACCUCGAAUUCGCGAUUCGACAUCGAUUCACUCGAGUCUCGAAGGAGACGUCCAGAAGGAAGGCCGGAAGCUAAAUCGUCACCAGAAGUUCUAAUAGUUGAAGGCUGAAUUUAAAAGAGACAUGGUGCAGCAUUGUUGUAGUUGCGCUUACGUAUCUUGGAUUAAUUAAAACGUCCAUCGGUAGAAAGCUUAGCGUGAGUCACGCGCCCGUCUUUAAGACUAAGUUAACGAGAGCUCUGCGAGAAUUAUUAUCGGGGGCGUGGUGCCGUUUCGCGAUCUUCGUCGUGGAAGUACUAUCCACCGGAAGCCGGAGGAUUCGUCCUACCCAGGAUAAAAAACGCACGAGAGACAUGCUCAAAGUCAGCAUGUUGGAUUAUAUCGGGGACACGGGGAGACAGCAGCUCGAGCAAUCAGUCUACUGUGAGUCUGAGUCACGCAAAUCGCCCGGAGAGGAUCGUCACGAUGCCCGGGGCGGAAAUUCGGACAAAGUCAAGGGAGCAACGCAAGAUUUAUUCGAGCUACUCGAGAGGGUGCAGAGCUCGAGGCUUGACGACCAGCGUUGUGUGCUUCCACCAUACUUCACGCAGGCGUCUCGAGAUGAAAGAUCAGCCAGUAGUCCCGGAUCACAGAUCACCACUCCCAGCCCCUCGCCCUCUCCCGUUGGAGAUGCUCCACUUGGUCGAGCUCUCAUGGAACAGGCUAUCCAGCAGUCAAGUUCCGGGUCCCAGAAACCGCCUUUGGUCGUCACACCACCAGGAUAUUGGGUGGAUGGGACAGAUCACAGGCACAACUUGGAUUCAGCGGGAAGGGCUCUUUUACCAGCUCAACCUGCUUGGCAACCCAGGAUAGACCAGGAUGACACAGCCAAAUGUUACAGGCGAUUUUUCGUUGGCAGGGAGCACGUGAACCUGGUGGGACGGGACAGCGAGAAUGGCCCGGUGCUCGUCUCGGUGAAGGCUGAAACUGUUGCUGGUCAGGAACACUGGCGGGUGCUUUUGAGAUUACGAGCAGGUUCGACUCAUGAGCUUGUGCCGGCAGCAGCACUUGGCGGGAAUCCCUCGCCAGCCAAAAUGGUCAAGGCAAUCAACGAGUCACUCAACGUGAGUACUCUGAUGCCGGUGGUAUGUUCUGGUGCUGGAGCUUUGAUAGCUCGUUACGAUGAGCACGCACUCGUGUCCAGAUUCAAAUUUGGCGUUCUACAUCAGAGGGUGGGCCAAGUAACCGAAGAGCAACUCUUUGGCAAUAGGCAAAUCACACCAGCGUUUCAAGAAUUCCUUGAUCUUCUUGGUCAGAAAAUCGAUUUGAAGGACCACAAAGGGUAUCGCGGCGGUUUAGAUACGAGGCAUGGGCAAACUGGCGAUUCCGCGGUGUACGAGGUAUUCCGAGGUCGAGAGGUUCUCUUCCAUGUAGCCUCUCUCCUUCCUUACAGUCCCGGAGACUCGCAACAAUUGCAGCGAAAAAGGCACAUUGGAAAUGACAUCGUCGCCAUCAUCUUCCAAGAGGAACCUACGCCCUUUAGUCCAGACAUGAUCGCCAGCCACUUCCUUCACGCCUUCAUCGUCGUGCAGGUCAUCGAUCCUUGCACUCCUAACACGAGGUACAAAGUGAGCAUAACAUCUCGUGAUGACGUUCCAUGGUUCGGACCCCCAUUGCCUACGCCUGCUGUAUUUUUAAGAGGCGUUGAAUUCAAAGAGUUCCUUCUCACGAAACUCGUCAAUGCUGAAAAUGCUGCCUACAAAGCCGAAAAAUUUUCCAAACUUGAAUUGCGAACAAGGUCAGCUCUUCUAGAAUCACUGACAGAGGAUUUACAAGCAAAAACUAACGAGUUCCUUGGUGGAGGAUCGAACCUCGGGCCAGGAAUUGCAGCUGGAAAUUGUCCAGUGAGUCCAACGUCUAGCGAAGUAUCGACAUCAGGAAGUGGAGGAAGUGGCAACCGCUUUAUUGACACCGUUCGAAAAGCUUUAAUUUCCCGAGUGAGAAACGCCUCAACCGAAAGUGUGCCCCAGCAGCUUUCGAAAAAAGGACAAUCUGAACCCAGUCCACCCAGCAAUCGUCAAUCAACCUCAAAAAUCAGCAGCAAACGUUCCACUGAACCUUCCAGUCCCAUUGGUUCACCUGAUUUGACCUUGAGGAGGGAUUCUGAUCACGGAAGUGCGAGUCUAGGAAGCCAGGAUAGCAGUUUGUCGAAUACUGAUAACCAGGACAGCAGUGUAACGACUUUGCAACAAGAUGAAGUGGAUCGAAGAGAAUCUACAUCAUCAACCAAUGGCCUCGCGAGUAACGAUACGACGAUUGUUGACAAGGUCGCGACCUCUGCAUCCUCCUCGUUUCAGAGAUUGACUCAUGAGAAUUUGAGGAAAAGGGAAGAGAGGGGUGAAAAGGCCGAAGGAACGCAGAGAGUUGUAUCUGAAAGUGACGAUAGUUCUUUAAAUAGCGAAUUGGAACUGGAUCAGGCUGUUUAUCCGGAUAGUGAUACUGGUCUAGAAUCAAUGAGCUCGGCGGAAACACACGAUGCUGCGAGAUGUCCUGCCAAAGAAGGAACGACUGAGAAUGAGACUUUGAGGAUGGAGGUCACUAGACUGAAGUGCGACAAGCUGGACUUAUUGAGGCAGAAUGUGACCUGUCAACGGGACAUCAAGCGACUCCGCGAGAAAGAACUACAACUGCAAUCCGAUUUGUCGUCCGCCUCAAAAGAAAUCCUACGAUUAAGAACGAUGCUGAAAGAAUGUUCUACAAGUAUUCCUUUAGAUAACAACAACCAGCAAACGUCAACAGUCUGAAGAACUAAUGUACGGAUCAUGAACAAAUUUUCGACACCUUGUUUACUAGAAUAUAUAAUAUUUCUUGAAAAAAAAAAAAAAAAAAAAAACAAGGUGACAGAAGUUUAUAGGCAUUUAUCGUUUUAUCGGUCGGCGAGGACAAUGAAGAGAUUAGGAAAUUGAAAGAAGAUUCCAAUUUAUCGUCCGACGGGUGGAACUUGUUGAAUAGUUAUUGGUACAAAGUUGAUAAGUCAUAGGCAAAAAAGGAUCGACGACGAUCUUUUGUCAAACUGAAUGUUGCAUUUUUGUCGAAUGCAGGGAGAGACGCACAGAUCUCAACCGUGAGAGUACGAGUAAUUUUCCAAAUUACUUGAGUAUUUAACGAUUAAUUUAUUAGUAGCUUUUAAGAAGCCCUCUUGUAGUCAAUGUAUAGAGAAGAAUGUCAUAACGUACAAUGUUAGUCACACCGUGCUGAAAAAAAGUAUCAAGCGGUGUUUAAAAAUUAGAUUAACUGUGGCACUACGAUUAAAAAUGGAACGUAGUAGUCCUGCACAACAAUGGACGUUUAGACAGCGAUUCUUCGAAUCGAAUUAAAUCUUAAAGAUUUCAUUUCGUGCUACAAAUAAACAAAAAUUAGAGGCGAUAGCUUUCUUCCCUUAUAAGGCGAUGUUUUCGGCGUUCUAACAGCAUAACGUAGUUUUUGUUCUAUAGAACUGUACAAACUUGUUUAGGAAAAAUGUCCAUCUAUGUCAGGUGCAUAAAAGGAAUAAAAUAAGACAAUCGUUCAGCAAAAAUUAGAGUUUAGACUCCUCGCUGUUCUUUUCCUUUAACAGUAACUGUAUUAUUAUCGUUACUAUUUAACAUAAGUUAAUAUUAUAUUUUAUUAUAAUCAUUUAUUAAUAUUAUUAAUCAUUUUAUUACCGCUAUGUUCGUUAUAUUUUAUACCAUUUGUGUACAUAGGCGAGUUUCAAUCCAGAUUUCAAAAUCUAGAAUUGACUCACUCAUAGCAAUACCAAAGUUUAACUUAGCAAAGCCAUGUUUUUCUUUGUUUCUUUCUUUUUCGAUUACCUUCUCUACAGAUCCCUUCCUCAUCCUUAUCCUUGUCCUUAUGCGUAUCCUUUUUCUCUUCUAAAAUUCCUUUUCAGUUUAUUUUUUCGCACCCGGCAUCCUAGCGUAAUCUCUAACAAUUAACAUACGUCCAAAGUGUUAGCAAACUAGCUAAUAAGCACCAAUUUUCUACUAAAAAAGGAUUUUCGUCGUGUUUUACGCACGUUUCAUGAAAUUUACAACACCACUUUUACCACUGCCUACAUCGUAAGCGUCCUCUGUACAUACAGCCUUUUUUAAAAACAAAAUUCGCUACCUACUCUUCCGGAACUCGUUUAUUUUUCUAUACAAUAAUAGAAAAAAAAAAUAUUUCUCUAAAUAUUUCCACCUUUCGAUCACUUCCAACGUUGAUAAUAAAUUAUACAAAAUUCUCGAAAAGUAUUUUGCUAAUUGAGUAAAUGAGUAAAUGAGUAAAUGGAUAUUUAUAUUUUGUGUUGAAUUAUCUCUUUUUGCAGAGAAAGUUUUGAGGAACUUCGAAAGUUGGGCUUGCGAUUUUUUUUGGUUGAGAAAUAUUUUCGUGCAGAUUUUGGUGAAUGUAAAUAAUUCGGUUAGAAAGAGGCCUUCCGUGUAAAAAUUAUAAACCGUGUUUACCACCUCUAGUGUGAUUUCUCCAUUGGCCUUGCAAAAUCAAAGAAAUCAUUAUUACCUACUAAAGAAAGAUGCACUGUUAUAUUGAGAAAGAGUACUACAACUAUACAGAUGUAGAAUAUAUACUAUAUAUUUUAUAUUCGACGAUAGGGGCGCGAAUCUAACGGCACAAUGUGACGAUACUCAUCAUUAUUCUCUGAUACUGAAAUAGAGAGACGUGUGCAAUAUUGUGCAUCCUGUUGCUGAUAUAAAUAUCCUGAUUCUGUUUUUUGUGCACCACUUCCGACUCGAAAAGAAGCAGAAAUAAAUUCGCUGAUCA